AUGUCUUCUACAAAGGAAAAGUCCAAGGUCCACAAGCUAUCCUUGAAAGGAUCCUCGAAGCUCGUGGCAGAAUUCUUUGAAUACUCUAUAAACUCAAUUUUGUUUCAACGAGGGGUUUAUCCUCCCGAAGAUUUCACCACUGUUAAGAAGUAUGGCUUGAACAUGCUCGUUACCGCCGACGACCAGGUGAAGGCCUACAUCAAGAAGAUCAUGUCGCAGUUGAACAAGUGGAUGCUGGGCGGCAAGAUCUCGAAGCUUGUCGUGGUCAUUACGGAUAAGGAGACCGGAGAGCAUGUGGAACGGUGGCAGUUCGACGUACAAAUACAUGGAAAGCACACCAAAGUUCUGUCCUCGCGCAAGACAACCGACAAGGAGAACGAUACGCCAGGGGAUGCCGAACCUCAGGCCGCAGCCACAGUUGAAAAGACAGAGAAGGAAAUCCAAGACGAGAUCCAAGCUAUUUUCCGACAGAUCACAGCUUCCGUCACAUUCCUGCCUGUCUUAGACGGAGACUGCACAUUCAAUGUCUUGGUAUACGCAGACGCAGACUCGGAAGUGCCUGUUGAAUGGGGUGACAGCGACGCCAAAGAGAUCAAGAACGCUGAAAAGGUGCAGCUACGGAGUUUUAGCACAAACAACCAUAGGGUCGAGACCAUGGUUAGCUAUCGUCUUGCCGAUUGAACGUAACAUGUCCGGGUUACGGCGUUCGGUGGAGUUUAUAUCUUUAUAUUUCUCAUGCUCUCUGGGAAUCUAUCUUCGAUAUCUUGACCAGAUAUCCUAAUAUCAUACCUGUCAUGACCAACCGCAUCUUCCUCAUUGUGCACCCCUAUUCCAGGGCAGAGCACUCAUCCCCGGAAACCAAUCAUUCCCACUGCUCCCCCCAUCCCAGCAAGCCAAAUCCUCAACCGCCCUUUCCAACCCAACACCAAGAGAAAACCCCCAUUGCAUCCCAUUAGUCCAGCCCCUCUUCGCCCUUUUCCCUGACAACUCCGUUCCAAAUCCAUACAAAUCCCCCCUCCACAAUCCAAUUCCCCUCUUAUUCUCGCCCUCCACCAACUCAGACAAGGGCGUAACCUGCUCCGGCGGAUUGAUCCCAAUGAUACUUACUAGAUCUGAUCCGACAAAUCCCACAGCCGGGAAAUGGCACUCUAGAAACCGCUUCCGCUUGAAGUCGUGCGUCACCACAGUGACUCGCUCCGGAUAGACGCCUGUGAGUUUCCGGAAGUGGAUGAGGGAGAAGAGGACAUUCUGGUAUGAAUCUGUAGCGCGGGUCUCGGCUGUUAUUCGCGUUUCGUCGAUUGUACUUGGUGACUCGGUGGUGAAGUAGUUGUUCUCUUUCGCUAGGAGAGGGAGAUACUCAACUCACCAAAUACGACUCUCCCUCCGAAAGCUCCGUGCGAUCCCGUUUCGUCGCGCCUCUACAACAUAUGUCCAGACUGAUUAGCCUACACGUUCCAACAGCCACCGCCCACCAAGCGCUAUAGACUAGACGUAGCAACACAUCGAGAAAAACAAAGAGAUGAUAAACAUACUCACCCCGAGAAAACAAGCACACCCCCCUCAUCCCCCUUCAAAACCUCC